AUGGCCCAGGCACUCCAGAGCGAUGACCAGCCUCCUCACGGUCCGGAAACCACCGACCCCUCAACUACUCAAACUACUUACGAUAGACGGCGCGAGCAGGUUAGGCGAGCUCAAAAAAAACAUCGAGAAAAGAAAGAAGACCAUUGCCGUUUGCUUGAAGAUGAGCUUUAUCGGUUAUAUCAUUUAAUUACUGUGGACGGAGAACUCCAGAGUCUCCGCUUUGAGAAUGAGAUCCUUCGAGAUAUCAUGACCCGCCAUUCAAUACCAUUACCUCCGGGCAUAAGACUGCAAGAGGCAUCAUGGGCUGAAGUGACGUUCACCAAUCAUGGUGGACAUGACCAGCAGUUACAAGUCAAGUUUCCAGAGUAUCAGUCUUCAGCCGAUCAUUCGUCCGGAUUCAAUACAAAUACAACCACCGAUACAAGUACCCCAUCUAUGCAGUCAAGUAUCCCUUCUACUGAGCUCUCAGGGAUGAGUAAUCCUACAUACUACAACAGCAGCAUAAAUCUCGCUCAAAUGGGAGUAGAUUUCGUCUUAUCAAUCGAACGACCCUGUCUCUUCCACACACACUCCCCCGACGCGGACGAGCCAUCAGGCCAUGCCUUAUCAAUGCAAGGAAUCCUGCUCUCCGGAGCCCCACAGGAUCUUCAAGAUAAAAGUGUGUGGGAAGUUCCAGCCCGACAACUUGAGAAGCUUUUUGAAUUAUCGGGUUGUCUCGGGCUGGAUGGGUACAUCACCCCUGUUCAAGCAUGGAAUCGCAUCGUUGGUCGUCUGGAUUUGAGUCAGGUCUUGGACCCGAGGGUAGAGGAGUUGAGGUCUGCUAUGAUUCCGCAUGUUAAGUGUUAUGGCUUUGGUGCAUUGAUUGAGGAUGAUGUAUUUGAGGAUUUGUUUCAAUUUAUCUUUGGGCAAUGAUCUUGGGGAUUACAACUUAUAAUAUUUGAAACCGUGGAAAAUGAUGACCAAAUGCGUGCAGAUGUAAAAUCCAGCGAGGAAAAGUCUGUAGCACCAGUACUCU